AUGUUGAUUUUACGGUUGAUUAAAUCAAGUUCAGUUUUAUCGCUCUCAAGGCCUUUUCACUCGGAUUUGUUACUCUCUCAUCUUUCUGGCACAACCCAGGAGACCUUGCGCCACCACAAUCAAGUCCACGGCACUUUUCGCACUGUGUUCACUCCUCAAACAUCAAUAGACACUGCUACACCAUAUCAUCUUUACGAGCCUAUUGAGGCAGUGGAGAGUUCAGAAAGGUACAGCGCCGGGGGCUAUCACCCUGUAGCGAUUGGGGAUAGGUUCCAAGAUCGCUAUCGGGUGGUUCACAAGCUUGGGCACGGCGGUUAUUCGACUAUUUGGCUGACCAAAGAUGAACAAUCCGACAGGUAUGUCGCCGUCAAAGUAUGUACAGCAGAUUCAAAUUCACCCGAGUUCGAAAUCAUCUCCAAACUUUCAAGUUCGCAACGAUCCCUGAGCACAAAUUUGGGGAGAUCGAUGAUCACUUCAGCAUCAGAUAGGUUUAAUAUCAAGGGUCCUAACGGCAAACAUUCCUGUCAUGUGAUGAAUCCGGCAAGGACGAGCCUCUCUGAGGCAAAGGAAGGUUCGUAUAAUCGUCGUUUUCAACUUGAGACUGCUCGCGCUCUAGCAGCACAACUGGUGAUCGCAGUCGAUUAUGUGCAUUCCCAAGGAAUCAUCCAUGGAGACAUCCACUACGGAAACGUCCUCCUCCAACUGCCAUUUGACCUAAAUUCAAUAUCUGAGGAGCAGUUGUACAAAGAGUACGGAGAGCCAGAACUUGAGGCAAUCAGACGUUUCGACGAGAAACCCCUACCCAUAGGAAUUCCAACGCAUGCUGUUGUACCAAUAUGGCUUGGGAAAGCAAGUGAUGACCUCACGCCUUCAGAAGCUAAGAUCCUCCUCUCUGACUUUGGCGAGGCCUUCUCUCCUACUCAGCGAAAUAAAUAUGAAUCUCAUACCCCACUUGCGAACCGCCCACCGGAGUUUCGAUUCGAACCGCAUAUGCCUCUUUCCUUUUCGUCAGAUAUCUGGUCACUCGGCUGCUGCACAUGGAAUAUUAUUGCCCAAAGACCACUUUUUGAGAAUUUCCUCGCAACCGAGGAUGACAUAAUUUGCGAGCAAGUCGAUGCACUCGGCAUAUUACCUCCGGACUGGUGGGAUCGAUGGGAGGAACGAGACAAUCGGUUCACUGAAGACGGGAAGCCGAUAAAUCGAAAUCCUUUUCGGUCGUGGGAAGACCGAUUCGAGGACAGCGUUCAGAAGCCCCGACAAGCAGCAGGGAUGUCGCCUAUUGACCAGGCAGAGCGCGAUGCGUUCUUCUCAAUGCUUCGCUCGAUGCUCUCAUUUAGGCCCGAGUCCCGUCCUACUGCUAAGCAGCUCCUUAGCUUCGAAUGGAUGGCGAAAUGGGCUCUACCCGAGUACCAUAAGAUCCGGAACACUUGA